UGCUGUAUGUUAUUCACAAGGGCACAGCCUCCCUUCUUCAGAGACACAUCACUAAGCUGCUACUGUUCCUGCGCUCGCUGGCGAACUGUGCCAGAGUCUGUGGCUAUAUUUAGCGCUGCCUGUUUGGUUUUAGGUGCAGAUUAAUGUGGAGAGAUGAAAAUGGGAGCGAGGGAUAUCCGAACCUUUCCGAUGAUGGAUUUUAUGAAGGAGCCCGCAGCCUGUGAUGGAAGCUAAAGGUUUAUCUUGCUGGCUGUAGUCGCUUCCUGGUGGAUCUUUUGGUGUGAGCCUGCAUCUCCUCUGCAGACAGACAGUCUUCAGGAGUGGGCCGCUGUUCGUCCUUUGUCUUGAGGGGGACUGAGAGAGCGAGAGCAAGGCAUUCUGGGAAGCCCAGCGAGUCCUGGAUGUGGUUGAGUCUCAGCUAUCAGCAGCCGAAGAAAAGUUUAUCCAAUGGUGCUCCUCUAUAUACUAAAGCUCACCUCCAGGGGCAUCAUGAGUGGAUAAGGGGCCUGGCUGGAGGCGGUGCAUAGGUCAAGGGGUGGAGCCACUGCAGUGGAUGGGCAGUUUUGAGUGGAAGGGAGGUUCUGUAAAUGAUGACCAGCCUUUUCCGCCGGAGUAACGCGAACAGUAACCAUGGCAGCGGUACACGAGGAGGCGACGCUGCCUCAGGAGAGCUCAAUAACAGGAGGCCUCCACGUCAGGUCCGGCGUCUGGAGUUUAGCCAGGCUAUGGAUGACUUUAAGACCAUGUUCCCCAGCAUGGAGCAUGAGGUUAUCGAGUGUGUCUUGAGGGCUAACCAAGGUGCUGUCGACUCCACCAUUGACCAGCUCCUGCAGAUGAGCCUGGAUAGCCAAGCCACGGAUGACAGCUCGGAUUCUGAGGACAGCAUUCCUCCAGAGAUCCUGGGAAGAACGCUGGAGCCGGACAGCUCAGAUGAGGAGCCUCCACCCGUCUACGCUCCGCCCUCCUAUGACAUGCACAUCUAUGACAGAAAACAUCCCGCAGAUGUUCCAUCCACACCACCACCAAGGUUUGAUGAUUACCCACCUCCUGGGCAUCAGCAGGUCGGAAGAUACAGGAACUGGAAUCCACCGUUACUAGGCAACCUCCCCGAUGACUUCCUGCGGAUCCUGCCUCAGCAGUCAGAGAGUAUUCAGCGUUCUCAGAGCAGCUUGUCUCAGCCUUCCUCCUCCUCUUCUUCCUCCCUGUCAUCCCUGACGCAGAUCUCGUCCAGCAGUGGUGCCCUGUCAGGGAGCGUUUGGUCAUCUGAACAGGACAGGAAGUUGAAACAGUACUUGGACGACGAGAGAAUCGCCCUUUUCCUGCAGAAUCAGGAGUUCAUGAAAGAGCUACAGCGUAACAGAGACUUCCUCAUAGCUCUGGAGAUAGAUCGUCAGAGGUGUGAGAAAACACAGUGUGGUCAUUCAUCCGCUUGCACAGAGAACUCCACCGAAGGUGAUAAUUGUGGCUCGGGUUCUGAGGAGGCCUGUUCCUCUGUCUCUGAUGAUGCCUUAUUCCUGGAGAAACUCAAGCACAUGGGCAAAUCUACAAGGAAGAAGCUUUUUGAAAUUGCUAGGUCAUUCUCGGAGAAGACCAGAAGGAAGAAGUCCAAAAAGCGAGGUCUACCCAAACAUCAGUCAUAUCCUCAUAUGUCCAGCCCAGACAGUCGCUGCGUGAAGUUAGCAUCUAUUCUGGGCUCUGCAAACUCCACCAUCAAUCUCCUGGAUGAAAUAGAGGGGCCGCUGUCAGCUGAGGACAACAACCAACUCAAGAGGCUUUCAGGAAGAGAGGAAAGGGAGGAAUCAAAGGAAGUGAUGUCAUGAUGGAUAAUGGGCGGAGCAGCCAAUUUUCUCUGCAUUUAAAAGCUAAAGCAUCAUGAAGAUCAAGAUUUUACUCAUUAGUUUCCUGCAAUGCUUAAUUAAACCUGAGCCAUGAAAUCAUCAUAGUUUUUUUGUUUGUAAUAUUCUGGUUCAACAGUCUCUCUUGUAGUUUCUGACU